AUGAGCUCAAAGAUGUUUACCUCUGGUGCCGACAUUGCAAGUUCCCUCUCCCACCACAUAAAGGAUCCAUCACAAAAGGCCCAUUCGCCAGAACAGACAGUACCACAAUUCAACGGACUGGAACUUGUAUCAGAGACUGACCUAUCGUUCGGAUCCAUUCUGAAAGGCACUGCGGUGAAACCAUUGACAGUCUUUGAGAGAAAGGCGGCACUGAUCAAUGCUGAAUUUGACAAGUUUGGACUCGGUCGCUAUCAGAUCUGCAUCUGGUUUCUUUGCGGGUUCGGCUAUUUCCUUGACCUUGCAUGGGCGCAAGGUGUCGGUCUAAUUGCCACAGCGGUAUACCAGGAAAUGGGCGUUGCACCAAGUGACUACGGAAACAUCUGGGCUUUGGCCAAUGCAGGGUUGGCGAUUGGAGCUUUUUCAUUCGGGCUUCUCGUCGACAUUAUCGGGAGACGUUGGGCGUUCAACCUCACAUGCCUAAUCACAUCAGUCUUUGGCAUGCUGCUGGCUGCACCAAAGUACAACUACGGAGCGAUCUGUGGCAUCUACUUCCUCGCUUCUCUUGGACUAGGAGGCAAUAUUCCAAUUGAUGCCACGAUUGCGCUUGAGUUCCUGCCACAGAAUCGGAGAUUUCUGGUCUCAUUACUAUCCAUGUGGCAGCCCAUUGGAGUUGUCGUGGCAUCUGCGAUUGCAUAUGGCACUGCUGCUAGGUAUCGAUGUGAGCCAACGCUCCCUGCUUGCAACGCCGUGGAAUCUGGCGAACCGUGUUGCUCAGUCUCCAGUAAUAUGGGUUGGCGAUAUCAGGUCAUUGUGCUAGGCUGCAUGACUCUGACAGUGUUCUUUUUGCGCUUCUUUGUAUUCCGCUUUCAUGAGUCACCGAAAUUUCUGAUCAGCAAGGGCAGAGAAGCUGAAGCAAUUGAGGUGCUUCACAAAAUCGCAAAAUUCAACAAAGCCCCUCCACCCACGUUGACAAUCGAACAGUUCCAGGACAUUGACCGCACUGCUGGUCCAGUUGACACCAGGCAGACAACCAAGAAUGUAUUGAAGAACUUUCUGGAUCAUUUCAGGCACUUGAAGGGUCUAUUCACGAGUCGACUCCAGGCAUUCAUUUUUGUUCUUCUGGGGAUCGCAUACAUGGGUGACUAUUGGUCGUUCAAUCUUGCCGGUGCCUACCUCCCGAUUGUGUUAUUGCAAUUCAAUGUGUCCACAGGCUCUGGCACCGUUACCGAGACGUACAGGCAGUACGUGUAUAUCUAUCUUCCUGGCAUCUUGGGCGCAGUCCUUGCUCUGAUAUCGGUACAAUUACCUCUCGUGGGCAGGAAGUGGUCUUUGGUCUUCUCUGCACUUUGUCAGGGCCUUUCCAUGGCAUUGUACACCCAAGUCAGGUCAACCGCCGGAUAUGUGGGUUUGAACGCGCUCGAAUAUGUUAUGCAAACGUACUUCAACGCUGUGCUGUACGCAUCCGCACCAGAGCUUUUUGACACUGCUUAUCGUGGGAGUGCGAGUGGCAUGUUGUCAUGCCUCGGGAGAUUGGCUGGCAUUGUGGCACCAUUUGCUGGGGCACGGUACAUUGCCAACGAUAGCUCGGGGAUUCUGUGGCUAGGAGCUGGAGGGAUUUGGCUCGCUGCAUUUGUUAUGAUUUUCCUGCCCGUGGAGAUGAGGAAUCGACAGAUGUUCUAA